GCAUAUAAUUAUUAAUGAGAGUACACCCUAUUUGUUUGCUUCAUCGCGGGUAUUAGAGCCAUAGCGAACCGAACUACCGCUAUCACAGCAGGAAAAGAAAGAGGGUCCAGGUCAGUUAUGCUUGGUUUAAAUUGAUAUUGAAUAAAUUUUAUACAAAGAAAAUGUUAAGAGUCAAUAAAUUGACAUAAAAUAAGUUUUAUAAUUUCAAAAUUUAUUAAAUAAGUAUAUAUCACACAAUUAAUCAAAAUAGUUACAGAUAUUUCAUUAAAUAUUUAUAACAAACAUGUUGAAACAAUUUAAAAACAAAAUUAAGUAAUAUAUAAUUUUCAUAUUUAAUAUAAAUAAAAAGUAAUAUAAUUAUAUAGUUUUCAAAUACACUAAAAAUAAAAUGUUUAAACUUUAAUUAUCAAGUCUUUGUUGUCCAUCUGAAUGCAGAACUACCAUUUUAGUUUGCAGAAUUAUGUUUAUGUUGCUGACAAAAAAAACUUAUCAAAAAUUGUUAAAAUAUAUUAAUUUUGUAAGUUUAGUUUUGUUAAAAAGUAUUUCCACGCUUUUAAAGGCGGGUUAGAGUUUUUUAAAAACUGAUUAAAUAUUGCAAAUUUUAGUUAAUUGACCCCCAUAAUAUAUGUUAAUUAUGAAAUUGACCACCAUAAAAGAUUUUCUUGGUUCCACCACUGCUGCUACGUAUACUUUUGUCUACACUAAUCUAAUUAACAUUUAUUAUUUUUAUGAGUUUUUUUUUCUGUAACAUACAGACAAGAAAUUGAAGUGAAGUGAGAGAGUGUGUCAAAACGAACAAGUAUGACAUACGAGUACGACGUAAGUGGAGUGGUAAAGCGUGACAUGAGCCCUCUAAAAAAAGCGUGACAUGAGGUAUAAAUUGGAUCAGAACGUUUAAAACAUAUUUAAACAAAACGAUCUAUUCUUCUCAUCAUAUCCUCUGUUUCUCCUAAAGAAAAACAAACAAAGUAAAAGGAGAAAAAACAAUGAAAUUUCUGCUUUACCUAGUAACGUGCUUUCUCCUCUUAAACGUUAUCGCAACAGCAAAAUCUCUCAUUCAAGAUUCUUGCAAGAAAGCAACAGCGAAAAACCGAAAGCUCAAACUCGAUUUCUGCCUCAAGUCUCUCGAAGGGUGUCGGCAGUGCAAAACCGCUAAAAAUCUCAGCGAACUAGUCAUGGCGACGAUGAAGAACGCUGAGUCAAAAACGAAGAGAGUGCAUGCACAGAUGAAGAAGGAUUUUGACGCGAAGAAAUAUCCCAAGGACAAUGACAUGCUGGUAAUGGAGUGUCUCAGCGAUUAUUCAGGCACUGCUCAGAUAUUGAACUUAGCUAUGGAAACCUUUGAAGAUCAUGAUUACAAAGACCUUAUCUCUCGUAUGAAUCUUGGAAUGGAUAGCUUGGAUGCUUGCGAUGAAGGAUACAAAGAAAGAUCAACGCCUCAGAUAUCUCCGUUUAUAAAAAGCAACGAGUUUUUAACUCAUUUGAUUGAGAUUCCUAUAGCUUUUACAGAGAUGUUGAAAAGAAAAUAAUUAAUUAAGACAUGGAUUAAAGAUUAUA